AAUCCUCUCUGACAGGGAAUCGGGAUAAAAAGUUUGAGGUGAACACACAACUAAAAGUUUGGAGAGUCGGAGGGAGGGGGUUAAAUCCAGAGAGAGAGAAGAUGAGCGACACAGAGGCAUCUGAGCAACCUCAGCCUGAGAGAAAAGUUAUCGCGACAGGUGUGCAGGGAACUGUGAAAUGGUUCAAUGUGCGCAAUGGAUAUGGCUUCAUCAAUAGAAAUGAUACUAAAGAAGAUGUGUUUGUUCAUCAGACUGCAAUAAAAAAGAAUAACCCAAGAAAGUUCCUCAGAAGUGUGGGGGAUGGUGAGGUUGUGGAGUUUGAUGUUGUUGAAGCAGCUAAAGGCUCAGAGGCAGCAAAUGUGACUGGUCCAGGGGGUAUACCUGUCAAAGGCAGUCGGUACGCCCCCAAUAAACGAAGGUUCCGUAGGCGCUUUUACCCCCGUAAUGCACAGCCUGCUGAAGGAGAGGAGAAAGCUGCAGCAGGGCCCAUAUCUGAGGGAGAGGGCAGUGAAGAGAAAGGAGACCCUCGGCCACGUCCUCGGCGCCAGCGUCCACGCAGAAGACCUGUUCAGCCACAAGGCGAGGGGGAAGCAGGAGAGAAGAACAAGGAAGUAGAUGUUGCCCAGCAGAGGCCGCCACCACGCAGGUUCAGACCUCGAUUUCGAAGGCCAUUGCGUCCUCGUCAACACCCCGGAGAGGCUCAACAGACCGUAGUCCCCACAGAAGAGCAAGAAUCGACCCCUAAAGAGAGCGAGACCAAUAGGGAGCAGACUGAAGGGCAGCCCCGGAAACCCCGCAGACAGUUUAGUCGGCGCAGACAGAGGAAAUCUGAAUCUGGUGCCUCUAAAGAUGGAGAUGAACCUGAAAAACCUGAGUCCCCGGCUCAGGCCUCCAAGCCUGCUAACGUCAAAUCCUCCUCUGAAGCUUCCCCAAAACAAUCCCUUAAAACUGAUUCACCUCCCCCCACAGCUUCCAAUCCCUCAGAAUGAUUUCUGUGACUUGGAAGGAAUCAUGUGACCCCGCCCCCGGCGAGAGGUUCCCGGUUGGGUUAGUUUGGGGGUAGGACCUUGCUUGUCUCGUCAAACAUUCAACCAAUGUGCAAACAACUUGCCACUCACUUCUACAUCCUUGUCCCUCCCCCAACGUGAUUCACCACUUGAGGUCUGGAUCAUUUAUCUGUCAGGGAGAGAGAAAGAGAAGGAUGGAUGGAAAGGAAGGGGCUGGUGGGGAAGGGAGGGUUGGGUUGAUGCAUCUUUAGCCAUUUAAAAUUAAGAAAACAAAAAGAGAGAAACCUGCUCUGAAAGCCCAUUAUAUUUGCAAUUUUCCCCCUUUGUAGUUUUGUUCUAUACUAUGGGCAAAGAGCAGUAGAGAAAACUUGACCAGUUUGGCUACUUUAAGUUCAUCAGUGAGAGGAAAUGCCAUCCAGUGUGAUGAGCCCUGCACAUAUUCUUCUCUUACUUGUAACUAGAUAAAAAGGGAAAAAAUGCAUCCAAUCAAAAUACAGACUGGUUUAAAAUUGUCCCUUUUUCUUUUCUUUUGGUAUUGGUAUGUUCUUUUCUUUUGUGGGGAUUAUGUGCAAUGCCAGUGAAGUAAAUAAAAUAUUUGCAAAGCCUUCUGACUCCCUUUGUUUUUUGGGCCAGUCAUUAUUGACAGAAGAAAGCAGAUGUUUGAAUUAUGAUUGACAUCUCAAUGUAAAAGUAGCAAAGUGUGUCCAUUAAUCUUUGCACUCUUGUACCAAACCUUGUUGAAAAACUGGUCAACAUUUUUUGUACA